UUGCUGACUGCUUUCUGCUCCCUGUGUUCCCUGGCUGUGUGGGUGUGAGCUGAAAUAAAAUACGUAGGACAAUUUUCAAAACGAAAGUAAAAUGUUUUUUGGGAUCCGUUUUGCGUCAACAGAAAAAGUUUAAAGGCCGUCUUUGAAGUCUGGCUGAGCUGGGACUCUCCUGGUGCUGCCCUUGAGGAGAACUACUGCCUCUACUGGGAGAUAGAGGAAGGGGGCCCUGCCUCUAAAAUGAGUCUCUCUGGGGAGAUAGAGGAAGGGGGCCCUGCCUCUAAAAUGAGUCUCUCUGGGGAGAUAGAGGAAGGGGGCCCUGCCUCUAAAAUGAGUCUCUCUGGGGAGAAAGAGGAAGGGGGCCCUGCCUCUAAAAUGAGUCUGUCUGGGGAGAUAGAGGGAGGGGGCCCUGCCUCUAAAAUGAGUCUCUCUGGGGAGACUGAAGACACAGUCAAAAGGAUCAACCAUCAGAGACCAGCCUCACCUGUACCCAGCUGUGUGUCCAUGAAGAGUGACAGGUCUAUGGAACCUCCAUUCAGCUUCAGAGAAGGAGAUCUUACCACUGAGUCAGGGAUCAAGCAUCAGAGACCAGCCUCACCUGUACCCAGCUGUGUGUCCAUGAAGAGUGACAAGUCUAUGCUGAUCCCACUCAACUUCAGAGAAGGAGGUCUUACCGCUGAGUCAGGUAAGGGGAGCAGAGCUGUCCUAGCAGAGGACCAGUCCAGGUGUGUGGUGUGUGAGCAGGUGCUGAGGGAUCCAGUCUCCCCCCCCUGUGGACACAGGGUCUGCAGAGCCUGCAUCUCUUCAUCCUGGCAGCAGCCUGGUCCAUCAGCAGACCACACCUGCCCCAAGUGUGGAAAGAGACCCAGAACACAACCUGGACUGCUGCCACCUGGACAACAGGACAUUCAGAGAAACACUGACACCAUUGUGACUGGACUCCAAAGAGUGUUAGGGACUCAUAAAGCUACUAUGAAGAAGAGGUUUGAACAUGUGAUUGAAGGCAUCAUGACAUCAGAUAAUGCCAUCCUCCUUACCAGUAUUUACACUGAGCUGUACAUCACAGAGGGAGACAGUGAAAGGGUUAAUAAUGAACAUGAGGUCUGGCAGCUUGAGACGGCAUCCAGGGUACAAAUCACACACGACACACCCAUCAACUGCAAUGACAUCUUCCAGCUCCUACCUGGCCAAGAGAGACUCGUCAGGACUGUGCUGACGAAGGGCAUCGCUGGCAUCGGAAAAACCGUCUCUGUGCAGAAGUUUCUCCUAGACUGGGCUGAAGAGAAGGCAAAUCACGAGGUGGAUGUGAUGUUUGUGCUUCCUUUCCGGGAGCUGAAUCUGAUCAAAGAUGUCCGAUACAGUCUCCUUCAACUGCUGAGAGAUUUCCACCCAGAACUUCACAUGGAUGGAGAGAUCCUUGCUGUCUCUAAAGCCAUGUUCAUCUUUGAUGGUCUGGAUGAGAGCCGACUCCCUCUAGACUUCAGUGGAAACCAGAGCUGGUGUGAUGUCACAGAGUCCACCUCAGUGGAUGUGCUACUGACCAACCUGAUCAAAGGAAACCUGCUUCCCUCUGCUUUCAUCUGGAUCACCACUCGACAUGCAGCAGCCAAUCAGAUCCCUUCUGAGUGUGUUGACCUGGUGACAGAGGUACGAGGGUUCAAUGAUGCUCAGAAGGAGGAGUACAUCAUGAAGAGAUGCAGUGAUGAGAUCCUGGCCAGGAGAAUCAUCUCACACAUCAAGACAUCAAGGACCCUCUACAUCAUGUGCCACAUUCCAGUCUUCUCCAGCAUGUGUGUGACAGUCCUGGAGCACAUGUUGAGAACAGAUAGCACAGGAGAGAUGCCCCAGACCCUGACUGAGAUGUACAUACACUUCCUGCUCAUUCAGACCAAGAUGAAGAACCAGAAGUAUCAAAAAGGAAACGGGACAGAUGAAGAGGAGCUCUUGAGGUCCGACCAGGAAGUUCUCCUGAAGCUGGGGAAGCUGGCGUUUGAACAUCUGGAGAAAGGCAACCUGCUGUUCUACCAGGAAGACCUGGAAGAGUGCGGCCUCCAUGUCCAAGAGGCAUCGGUGUACUCUGGAGUGUGCACGGCCAUCUUCAAAGAAGAGUGUCUGCUUUUUCAGAGGGUGGUGUACUGCUUUGUGCACCUGAGCGUUCAGGAGUUUCUCUCAGCAGUCUACAUCUUACAUUGUUACGCAACCAACAACAUGGAAGCACUGAGGCCGUUCGCAAUGAGGCCGUUCCUACGAGGGAAGAAUCUAUCUUUGGAAGACCUGCUGAAGGGGGCAGCAGACAAAGCUUUGAAGAGUAAGAAUGGACACCUGGACCUCUUUGUGCGCUUCCUCCACGGCCUCUCACUGGAGUCCAAUCAGAAGCUUUUAGGAGGCCUGCUGGCUCAGACCAAGAGGAGUCCAGAGAGCCCGCAGAAGACAAUAGGAUCCCUCAAGGAGAUGCAGACGGAGGACAUCUCCCCAGAGAGGUGCAUUAAUCUCUUCCACUGCUUGAUGGAGUCGAAAGACCACUCAGUACAGCAGGAGGUUCAAGCAUACUUGAAGGAGAAAAAUUCAUCCAAGGUCCUGUCUGUAACCCACUGCUCAGCACUGGCCUACAUGCUGCAGACGUCAGAGGAGGUUCUGGAUGAGUUUGACCUGCAGAAAUACAACACAUCAGAGGAGGGACGCAGGAGACUGCUCCCAGCUGUGAAGAUCUGCAGAAAAGCUGUACUCUCUGGAUGUAAACUCACUGAUGCGUCAUGGGAAGUGGUGUCCUCAGCCCUCACCUCUAACAACUCCCAUCUGAGAGAGCUGGACCUGAGAGACACUGGCCUUCAGGAUCGAGAAGUGAAGCUGCUCUCUGCUGCACUGGAGAAUCCAAACUGCAAACUGGAGACUCUGAGGUUGCCAGCCCUUCACCUCACAGAGGAAGGCUGUGCUUCUCUGGCUUCAGCUCUGAAGUCCAACCCCUCCCUUCUGAGAGAUCUGGAUCUAAGCAACAGUGACCUGAGGGAUUCAGGCAUGAAGCUACUCUCUGCUGUACUGGAGGAUCCACUCUGCAAACUGAAGACUCUGAGGUUGUCAGACUGUCACCUCACAGAGGAAGGCUUUGCUUCUCUGGCUUCAGCUCUGAAGUCAAAGCCCUCCCUUCUGAGAGAUCUGGAUCUAAGCAACAGUCAACUGAGGGAUUCAGGCAUGAAGCUGCUCUCUGCUGUACUGGAGGAUCCACUCUGCAAACUGGAGACACUGAGGUUGUCAGACUGUCACCUCACAGAGGAAGGCUGUUCUUCUCUGGCUUCAGCUCUGAAGUCAAACCCCUCCCUUCUGAGAGAUCUGGAUCUGAGCAACAGUGACCUAAGGGAUUCAGGCAUGAAGCUGCUCUCUGCUGUACUGGAGGAUCCACUCUGCAAACUGGAGACACUGAGGCUGUCAGGCUGUCUGGUCACAGAGGAAGGCUGUGCUUCUCUGGCCUCAGCUCUGAGGUCCAACCCCUUCCAUCUGAGGGAACUGGACCUGAGCUACAAUCAUCCAGGAGAAAAAGGAUUGAAGCUGCUCUCUGCUGGACUGGAGGAUCCACACUGCAGUCUGGAUAAACUCAAUGUGGAUCAUGGUGGAGAGUGUAGGAUCAAACCCGACCAUAGGAAAUAUGCCUGUGAGCUCACACUGGACCCAAACACAGCACACAGAAAUCUUUCUCUGUCUGAGGAGAACACAAAGGUGACAGCGGUGACAGAGCAGCAGCCGUAUCCUGAUCACCCAGAGAGAUUUGACUACUGGGACCAGGUGCUGUGCAGAGAGGGUCUGUCUGGGCACUGUUACUGGGAGGCAGAGUGGAGUGGAGAAGGAGGGGUUUAUCUAGCAGUGACAUAUAAAGGAAUCAGCAGGAGAGGAUGGGGUGAUGACUGUAAGCUUGGACACAAUAACAAGUCCUGGAGUCUGUUCUGUCGUGAUAACAGUUACUCUGCCAAGCACAAUAAGAAGAGCACGGACAUACCUGUCCCCCCCUCCAGAUCCCACAGAGUAGGAGUGUAUCUGGACUGGCCAGCUGGCACUCUGUCCUUCUACACAGUCUCCUCUGACACACUGACCCACCUGCACACAUUCCACAGCACAUUCACUGAGCCCCUCUAUCCUGGGUUCAAGUUUGGAUUACAAUCCUCAGUGUCCCUGUGUCAGGUAGAAUAGCCCACACACACUCUCACACACUGUGCUCACAUACAUGUGAUUGAAGAUUGAACUGUAUAUAGUUGUAAUUGAUAAUCCCAGAGUGUUUUUUUUUUAUUGUUGACAAACAACAAUCCUGUCUUUGAUCUCAGUUCCACUGAAUGUGAUCAACUGAAUAGUAUCUUACUGAUUAAAUAAGGAGAAAUAAAGGUGUUUUAUACAGGAGGAUAGAAGAGAAUCGGGCUAGUAAUGAGAAGGUUGCCAGUUCGAUUCCAGGCUGUGCGAAAUGACGUUGUGUCCUUGGGCAAGGCACUGUAGUCGGUGAAUCGAAAGGCCAGAGACGCUUGGUGUUUGUCCCUGGCUUGGGAACCACAAUUCACCUUAAGUUGAAUUCUCAGGGAGAUAAUUGGAACGAUAUUAAUCGUUAAUAUCUGACUCCAAUUUUAAGACACGUGCACAAGUGCGUUACCUGUAACCUCGAGCGCUAAACAGUUAAUGACAUAAAACUCUGACGUAGGUAAAAAUCGUCUGCUUGAUCAGAGCUGGGGUAGUGUGCAUGCUCUGGAAGCUGGGGUAGUAAUGUAACAGUUAACUGUCCUACAGCAGUGGUUUACAAACUGUGAAAUAAAAUUACAUUACAUCACA